UUCUCCCUCUCUUCUUUUUUAUUUAAAAUGACAAAAGGCGAAAACAAACUAAAUUGUGGAUAACAUGGAUUUUAUGCAAAUUCAACGUUUUCUGAUUCAGACCUUUUUAUAUUCGCAGCGUUUUUAAACGAAUUCAAAAUGGUCGCUAACUGCCUUAAGAAAUCUGUCAAAUAAGGCAGGGAAUAAAGCAAAUUGUGAAACUAAUGCACCCCUAACUAAAAUAUAUAGUUUAAAUAUCUAAACCUAAAUCCAAAAUCUAAACUAGAGAAAUUACAGAAUACACAAUUCAAAAGUAAACUCUCAAUAUAUAAGCACAAAUCCUAAGCAUUUCCGUCAUGAUUCACAUAACAAGACAAUAAAAACGGUGACAUUUAGAAAUUCCUGAUAAAAUCCCCACACAGUUGCGCAUUUUCUCAGUGAGCAAAUAACAAAUCAGAGCUCCGAGAGACAUGCAAAUUAAAUAAAUUAAAAAAACCCAAAGUCUAUAAACGCAAUAAGAAACAACAAAUAAAAGGCCGAGUUCACCGCAGAAUUCUCAGAAAAUCCCUCAAAACUGUGCUACUUAAAUAUAAAACGAGGACGCAAACGAAUUGCAAACAAAAUACUGAAACAUACCAGCUAAAACACAUUUUCAAAUUUUCCAAUUUCGAAGCAAUAACGAAAAUUAAUUGGAAAAUUGCGCAAAAACAAGUGAAGAGCGAAAAAGUGCGUAAAAAAAAGCAACGUCGCGUAAAAAACAAGUUCUAAAUAUAGACCAAAAUGUGUCGCGUCUAAAAAUUGACGCAGAGUGUGGCGCAAACAACAUAAGCAAACAACUAAACACAAAAAAAACGCAGACAAAUAAAGCACCAACAAUAAAAACCACACGCAAACUAAAAACAAAUUAAGGCUUUAUCUCCCUAUCCCUUUCUAAAGUCUGUUGUGUGCGUGUGCGCAGUGUUUGUGAGUUUACCGUUAUGAAUCAUCCAGCUGUUUGCGCAGCGUUAUAAUCUGCGCAAAAAGAAACAUUUCUCGAACUUUUUGUCGAGAAAGAAAAACUGAUUACUAAACAAUUUAUUUUAUUAAUUUAAGUGUGCUGUAUUUGUGUACGUGUAGUCGGACUUACAUAAAAAGAGAUCUACAUAAGCCGAAAAAAAUGAUUACAUAGUAAAUGAAAAGUAAUAUACAAAGUGCUAAAUGAAAGAGAAUGAGACCCAGUCGACAGGACCUAAGAAGACGAUGUUGAUUGAGUGCAUUUCGCGUGACAUUCCCUGAGAGUUUUCUUCCGAAAGCGAAAGAAGCAAAGCUCAAAAAGAAGAGCCCGGCUUUAUAAAGCUGUGUACAUAUAUCAAGAGAAUCGGCGGAGAGGCGUGGCAAAUGAACUUCAAUCCGGCCAGCGUUGUAGCCGCCGCAGCAGCAGCCGCACAUCAUCAGACGUCGCAUCAUCACCAUCCGUAUUUGAGCCAGACGACGACCGCCCAACAACAACAACAGCAACAGCUUAUCCCGCUGCCGAUCGGCGGUGGAGCUGGUGGUUUACCAGUGAUAAGUGGUGGUGGCGAUACCUCGCCCAAAAUCAUGGAGUGGACCAACGACGAUGCCCUCGAACUGAUCGAACAAUAUCGCUGUCACACGGAACUCUGGAAUCGUGCCGAUCCCAAGUACAAGGAUAAACUAUGCCGAUUUCGGGCUUGGUCGGAGAUAGCCGAGCGUUUCGGUUGCAGCAAGGCGGAGGUGGAGCGGAAAAUGAACGUGUUGCUAACCCAAUAUCGGCGGGAGAAGCACAAGAUGUUCGUCAAGAUAUACCAGGGCAUCCAGCCCAAUCCGUCCAAGUGGUAUGCCUUCAAACGAUUCGACUUCAUGGAGGCCGGUGGCGGUAGCCUAAGCGGCGGUUCCAGUGGAGCAGUAUCCAAUGUCUCGGGUGGUAAUUUGGUGCCCAAUCCGGUGUCCUCGUCGGCAGCCGCCGCCGCCCAUAAUGGGCUGAAUGGACUGGCCAUCGCUGCAGCGGCCUACGAAAGCGGUACGGUUGUGGCGGCGGGAAACGGAGGAGCACCAGCAAGUGGAGCCGGUGGACCGGGAGUACCUGGCUCCCAGCCCGCCAUGCAGCAUCGACGCAUCAAGACCAAAGAGCUGAAAUAUUUCGGAGCGAUGGGCCUCAAUAUCCCCAUGCUGAUAGCGAGCAGUCAGACGCUGGACAGUUGGAAUACGGCGGGUCAGUACUCGCCGCCGAUAUCUGGCUCCGGGGGCGGUGGCUCCGAGCGGGGAGGAAGUGUAGGGGGUGGUGGAGCGCCCCCUCAACAAUUGCGAGUCCCGCUGCCCAUGGGCUAUCAUGGCGGAACUGGCGGAGGAGGCGGUGGCAGCAGCAGCAGUGACUUCCAGCAGAGUCCGCUGAAAACCAUGGACACCUCGGACAAUGAGGACAACAACAAUACCAAGGAGGAUGUGGAUGCGGCAGCGGCGCUGGGACAACUGGCGGCCAAAUUGGAGCGACGUUCGCCGGCGGGCGGAGGAGGAGGUCCUGGCGGUGGAGGCGGUGGUGGAUCGAGUAGUAGAGACGCCAACGAUCUAGCCAGCGAUCCCAUGAAGUCGGAUAGGACAUUAAGCGAUGCCGGGAGCAGUCCCAUACCGAAUACCAAUAUGCACGAGGCGCACAAGAACCACCUGCUGAACAGUCCCGCCGCCGGAAGAGCGGUCACUCCGCGGCAGGCGCACGAGCAGAUGCACCACCAUCCGCACGCGCAGCACCACCUGCCGCAGCAGCAUCCGCAUCAGCAUCAGCAUCAGCAGCAGCAGCAGCAGCAGCAUGCAACACCGCAACUCCAUCACGGUCACGAAGAGCUGGCCAUCAAGCAGGAGUUGGACUACUUCCAAGCCAGCCAGUCGACUGGUGGUGGGGUUGUUGGUCCUGCCCCACCGCCACCGCCAGAAUCGCAUCGUUCCUAUAGUUCGGCGGGCGAGGAGAGCCGCCUUCAGUUGGUGGACAUGGCCCAGGAUCUGAGGGUGGCCCAGGCCAAGGCCAAUUUCGGUGCCUUCGUCCUGCCGCCGAGGGGCAGUGAUGCCAGCACACCCGCUAUGCCAUUAAAUAUGCGAAAGCUGACGGGUGCCGGGAGUGCGGGUCACAUGCUGAUGACCUCGCUGCUCGGCUCCCGGGAGAGUAUGUCCGAUGGCGAGGAACCCGAUCCGGAUAACGACGAAGCCACCGAAUCAGCGGCAAGUCCCGGACACAUCAAGAGCAGUGUUUCCGCCCAGGCGGCCGUUGCAGCAUCCGCCUUCUACGCCGAGUCCCUGAAUCGCGAUGAUUCCGAUUUUAUCGGAUCGAAUGUAUCGUUGAAACUGCGCGCCAUGGAUCGAACGCAACGGAUAAUCGCCGAGAAGCUGAUCAGCGAGGUGCUGUACUACGGGCAGUUCAAUGAGCUGGAACGCUCGGCCAGGAUCCAGCCCAAGUGACAGUGGCGCACCAAGAAGUGGACGACGACGAUGACGGCGAUGGGGAACGGAAGUAGUAGUGGGGCCGUGGGUCUGGGCAUCGGUGUGGGUUUGAACAGGAUCAGGCUGGGCAGGACAAUCCUCGCCCCGCAGCAUGGCAAGUGAAUUCCAUUUGAAAUAUACAAUAGUCAACAGAGAAAUACAGAUAAAAAAUACAUACAGAAACCAAUACGGAAAACAGUACAACUUAUUUUUAGUUUGGCCAGGACCGGGUUCACCAAUUUGUACAAAGCUUGGCAGAAGAAAAAAAAAAAAGGGGCAGCGUUACUUAGGCGAAGAGAAAGCGGUAAGAUAAAGAAGAAAGCUUGGAGUAAGGUACUUAUACGAUAAAAGGGAGAGAUGGAGAUGAUUUGGAGUGCAAAACAUAUUAAAGCUACUAAUAAAACCUAGAAGAAUUCGAUCAUAAAUACCGGAAAGGUGUAACUUCAAAAAUCAAAAUUAGUUUAAAUAUCAUAGGGUAACUAGUUAGUAUGAAAUAUAUUUAACAACUUAAAAAAAAGGACGGUUAUAUUUUUUAAAGUUUAAAUUCCUUUUUAAGGACUUCUUAAACUUGCAAUAUUUAUUUAAAAAAAAAACUAAAAUGCUUUUAAAUAUAAACUGCCACAAAGUGCAAUGUUAAAGUAAUAAUUUGUUUUUUUUUUAUAUUCGUUUUCUAUACAUGUGGCCAAAAAACGUUUCUAAGGAUUUUGUACUAUACAUAUAUUAUUUUUAUAUUAGUUUAAAGACCUCCAAUAUACAAGCAAAAUGUUUUUUAUCUGCCAUCUCUCCCUGAACGAAACACAAAAAGCAAAAUAGAACACAAACCAAAGUUACUUUCUAUUCUGUUCCGAGGGAUGCAUAAACAAUAGUUUAGAUUUUGUUCGAAACUUCAAUAUUAAACUACAUAGAUACUAGAUAGGUUAGAAUGGGUCUGGGAAUGGGGUCGUCGACACACCUGAGACAUCUAACUAGCAGAAUCUCAGUAUUACUUAUGAAAUACACUUUACAUAGACCAUAGAUAACCGCAAACAGCAAGGAUUCAAAGGAAGCGAAGCAUUUGCCAUUAAUUCCUUGGGGCCGAUCGUCCACUUCUGGGUGUUAUCUGGCUGCAGAUGUUCCAGCCCGAUAUACGUAGACCUCGCUCUAAACAAAAAAAAUACAGAGAGAGAAAAAAAGUAAGCAAAAAUAUUGUAAAGACAAGGAAAGGCGGCUGCUAAAAAGUCAAGCUCCAAUUUGGGCACCACUGAAACUCAAGUUCCCGAAGAGCUAACCGUUGAGAAAGGCACUUAUAAAAUCUGUAUGUUUUUGUAUAUAUAUCUUCAUAUGGAUAUACGUAUAUGUAAAUGGAUAACAAAAUAUAUAAAAUAUCAUUGUACCUUAUUUUGAAA